AUGGCCACCAACAACCAUAUGCCAGACGUCGAGAAAGACCACGCAGGCAGCGGCUCCGUCAACGGCGGAUACGACCUUCACCAUGACCAUCACGACACUGACACAGCUCUAAGACGACUUCGAACGGCUGGGAGCAUCUCCAUCACACCAGAACUCUUCGAGAAGAUCUACCUGUCCCCAAAGAAUCGGGUAUCGAAUAACAUUCGUUCCACCUUUGGCAACCCUACUCCAUUGGCUCUCUGCGGCUUCCUGCUCUCUUUGACCCCACUGUCCAACAUCCUCCUCGGCUGGCGAGGUGCUGGUGGUCUUGGUGCCGCCGAAGUUGGCGUCUACUACUUUUUCGGCGGCCUUCUGAUGAUACUGGGAGGCUUCCUCGAGUUCAUUCUGGGCAACACAUUUCCAUUCGUCGUGUUCGGUUCGUUCGGCGCUUUCUGGCUCGCCUUUGGCGCGACCCUGACACCCUACUUCAACGCCUCGAUCGCCUACGACCCUACCAACCCGGCUCAAUCAAGCUCGGACCCUGUCUUUGCGUCCACCUUUGCCUACUUCCACGUCUACAUGGGCGUCUUGUGCUUUGUCUAUCUGGUCUGCGCGCUCCGCACAAACAUCGUCUUCGUGUUGAUCUUCGCAACGCUCGUUCCGGCCUUUGCUUGUCUUGCGGCCUUAUUCUUCUCGAUUGGCGAAGGCGACCCGAAGAUCAAGCUACAACACGCAGCGGGUGGUCUCACGUUCGUGACCUGUCUGCUGGGUUGGUACCUGUUCUUUGUCCAACUGCUGGCUUCGGUGGACUUCCCGCUCAACCUUCCUGUCGGCGACUUGAGUCAGUUCAUCAAGGGUGCCAGUGAGCGAUCUGGAACCAAGGAAGACUAA